AUGCCUGCAGAGGAUAUUGAGAUGACGGACGCCGUCCUGGUGGCGGCAACUUCGGCCGAGGUCGUUGUGGCCAAUGGGAAGCGCAAGCCGUCUGGUGCGCAAAUCAAGAAGGCGAGGAAGGAGGCGCUGUUGACGGAGGAGGAGAUCGAGAAGGCGUUGGAGCAGACGAAGCAUAGAGUGCACCGACGCAAGAAGAACCUUCAUAUUCACCGUUGUCGGUUCGUUGACUGGACGCCUUCGACGAUCACCACUUUGGCAUUCUCACAUCGCGGGAAGGGACAUGGUGGUAUCCCACAAGGAUUGAGGUUGGCCGUUGGAAGGGCAAAUGGAGAUAUCGAUAUUUGGAAUCCGAAGUUGGAGUGGGUGCACGAGACUACAUUGAAGGGUGGUGAGAACCGAUCUAUCGAAGGACUCGCAUGGUCCACCGCCGACCCCUCCUCGCCGCCACGACUUUUCUCUAUCGGUUUUUCGACAUACAUUACAGAAUGGGACUUGCAGACCGGCCGUGCCAUUGCUAACUUGGACUGUUCCGCCGGCGCCAUCUGGUCCAUCGUCGCUGAUCCUCACUCCCCUCAACUCGUGGUUGGAUGCGAUGACGGUUCUAUCGUGGUAAUCGACAUUUCUGGUGGACCUGGAGUUAUGGAGUACGCUCGUGGUUUGUCCAAGGUCGAGAAGGGCCGUGUGUUGAGUUUGGCGUGGAAGGGUAAGAGUCAGAUUGUUGGUGGAUGCUCGGAUUCUGCGCUGAGAGUAUGGGAUCUCGAGGCGCCUCAGGGACAGAUGCGGACGAAGAUGAAGGUCGAGACGGUUGCUGGCGCUGGCGCUACUCUUGUCUGGGCUGUCAAGGUCUUGCAUGAUGGUACUAUUGUUUCGGGUGAUUCUACUGGAGCUGUCAAGUUCUGGGAUAAGCACUACUCUCUCAAGCAGUCUUUCCGUCUUCACGACGCUGAUGUUUUGACGCUUGCUGAGAACGAGGCCGGAAACAGUGUUUUCUCCGCGGGUGUUGACAGGAAGACGAUCUGCUACCGUGUUGUGAACCCCACGCUUGGCAAAUGGGCCGACGUCGCUUCCCGUCGCUUCCACGAGCACGAUGUCCGCGCUAUGGCUUCGUUCGACUGCAAGACGAAGGAGUUCCUCGUCUCCGCUGGUGUCGACCGAUCCAUUGUCGUCAACAGCAUGUCCCGCUUCAUGCAGACCAACCACCGUACCCUUCCCGCAGUCGGCCAAAAAUCCGUCAUGGCGGUCGCGAGAAAGGCAAGGUUGAUGAUGACUUGGACGGAUCGUGGCGUGAAGGUGUGGAAGCUGCACAAGCUCAAGACUUCGCGUGAGGGCAAGCUCGCGCCUAUCGUUACUGCACCUCAGGAUGAGGCCAAGCUGGUAUUGAAGAUGACUUUCAAGAAUGAGGAGAACUUGAUUGCUGGGACAAUCUCGCCGGAUGGGAGGUGGAUCGCGGUUGGCACCGUGAAUGAGACCAAGGUGUUUAGGUUGGUGCCGAAGAAGGGUGGAAAGUCUGGGUACGCUGUCAUGAAGAUUGAUGUGCCGGAGUUGAAGGAGCAGGGUGUUCAUCUUUUGAGUUUUGCUCAGACCAAGGGGUCUGGCGAGAGCGAGGAGACUCAGAGCACUCCGCGGUUGUUGAUCGUUACCCCGGAUAACGAGAUUGUUGGCGUUGAUAUGCUUGCAUUGGAGGAGGGUGCCGGGGAUGCGGUGGAGGAGCUGGAGAGACCGCCUGUCCCUGCACCAGCACCCCAGGUACCAGUUGAUGGCGAGAUUGUGAGGAAGAUGCCUACGCACACGGAGAACAUCUCACACAUCACUGUGUCGCUCGAUGGUUCGUACUUUGCCAUCAUCGAUCUUGCGCAGAACAUCACCAUUUACUCCCUCUCAAAAUGGGGUUCGUUCAUUCAGUUGCCGCGUGCACCAGCACCUGUCACUGCUGCUACGUUCCGUACGGGCGCCAAGGAUGUCGGUCCGACUUUCGUGAUCACGACUGCGGAUAUGAAGGUCCUCGAGUAUGAUUUGGCUACGGCCUCGCUCACCGAGUGGUCUCGCACGCAGGCACCCAACCUCCCAGAGGACUUUACGAUCCUGAGAGAUAAGUGUGUUGGUAUGUUCUUUGAUCCUGCGGACAGACGGACGUGUUGGUUGUGGGGUGCUGCCUGGCUCGCACAUAUCAAGAUGCAUGUCGAGAUGCCUAAGCCCACGAUGCGACCUGGCCAGGCAAAGAGGAAGAUCGAUGAUGAGCAAGAGUCGUUCCACCAGCCCCAACCCGUCACGAACGGUAAAUUAAAGAGGAGCAAAAAGAAGGAGGCUAAGAGUGUUAACGCGCAGUUGUUGGAGAGAAGACAGGACGCGAACGGUGAUGUGGAGAUGGAUGACUCGAACGAGGGUGAGGUUGAUGGCGUUGUGUCUAGGGAGGAGCGGGAGAAGCCGUUUUGGAUUACGUACAAGUAUCGACCGAUGUUGACGGUUGAUGCGCUUGCGCCCGGAGAGUUUGUUGUUGUUGAGAGGCCGGUGUUUGAUAUGUUGGAGUCUGAGGUUGCGAGGUUCCAUAGGCAUGAGUAUGGACAGUAG